UUCUUCAUAGAAAAUGCACCAUGCUGCUGCGUUACGUGAACGAUAUAUAUAGCUAAUCUAUUAUAAAUCUCAUCGGAGAUUUGUGAGAAGUUUUUUUUGGAUUGGAGAAGAAGAUGCCAACAGUACGAGUGAAGAAGGAGGACGUUGCUCGAUGCUUCACAUGUCCUCUCUGCACCAAACGCUUCGUUGGUGCCACCACCAUCAUCGAGUGCCUCCACACCUUUUGCUGGGACUGCAUACAUGACAAGUUUACAACACAGAAACUGAGAGCUUGUCCAGUCUGCAAUGUUGAUCUUGGUGGUUUGCCUCUCGAGAAACUCAGGAAGGAUUACGGGUGGAUAGAAUUGAGGCAAAAAAUCUUCCCACUAAAGACAAAAGGUGUAAAGGCAGAACCUAAAACUGUAGCAACCUCUUUGAAAUCUUCCAAGAAGAAGAAAAAGCCUCUAACUUCACCCCUGGAGUCUUCAUCUAGAGUACCAUUCUCACCUGCUGCUCCAUUGGAACCCAAUGUGGUUGUGGAGGAGAAUCACAGACAUGUAGUGCUAGGUCUUUUUUGUCAGAGUGCAGCGAAACCGAUAAUCACGUUUAAGAAACGUGGAAGGAAAGCUUCAGUUCCUAAGAAGAAUGAUUCGGGAAUGGUAUCUGAACAGCCUAAUGUUAAGAAGCUCCACCCAUUUGAUCUCAACAACGAACCAGAUAACGGACUGGACGAAGCUGAAGCAUCAAGAUCUCAAGACUGCAUACCGAACAUCAACGAUGCUGUCGUGCCACUAAACAUGAACGAUGCUGCUUCUGUGAUUGUUGAACUAGCCAAUGGUGUUGACUGUGUUGUGAAUAGGGAAACAAAGGAAGUACCAGUCCAAGAGAAUCAUCAAAACACUGUCCUUAUCAAAUCUGAUAGGGAUACAGAGGAGGUCUCUGGUCAGAAACUGAUGAACAAUUCUAGAGGUAAACAAGGAUGUGGUCGAUCCAGGUCAAGGAAGGAAAAGGGUAAGCAACCGGUGGGAAAUGGUUAUGGGUCGAGACUGAGACCCCGAAAGGAUGGGAGGACGGUUCCUCCAGCAGCUGUUAGUACACCAGAAGUUGCCAUUCCCGUGGAAGGGGAAAAGGAAGUUGAAAGACGUGACAGUCCAGUUUUCAAGCCAGUUUGGUUUAAACUAGUGGCUUCAACGACUCACAACAAUGAAAUGAUACUUCCAGAUAUAAAAUCUCCCUACAUACGUGUAAAAAAUGGAAACAUGACUGUCUCAAAUGUCAAGAAGUAUCUAAUGGUUAAGAUUGGUGGUGUCUUUGAAAACGAAGACGAGGUGGAGAUAUGGCUAGGGCAUGAGCCACUGUCUUCUUCACUGACACUACAAAACGUGAUUGAUUGGUGGGUUCAAAUAACUCCAUUGCCUAAGCGUCAAAGCGCAAUGGUUGGAGACUCAGCUGCUGAUUUCGUCAUGGUUCUCCAUUACAGUUUCAAAUCUGAGUGCUCUGCCUCUGGUUCUGGAUCUGGCUCUGGCUCUGAAUAAUU